GCACGGAAAUAUGUUUUAUUCGAACUCUUCUUAUAACCGUUCCCUUCACCGCGUCUCGGCUGGCUCACGGACGACGACCCAGCAAUCCUUAAUCUAUAUUCUCUAUACCAGGACUCAAUACAUAGCGCUCUUUAGGCCUACCGGUUUGGCAUAAUCCCCACUACGAGCAGGUCCAUAAGCGCCCAUAUUUCCAUCCCGCUCGUCCAACUUGUUUGUUAAACAGCUAGCACGAUGGCCAAAAUCGAGCACAUCGUAUUUCUGUCGCUGGUUUUGGAUUUGUUCGCUUUCACCAUUCCAUUGCCCCUCUUUCCUCGGAUCAUCGAGUGGUACACCCAGAGGGAGUCUUCAGACCCUACCGGGUUUCUAUCACGAACGUUAGGAUUCGUGUCGGCCAUUAGGGGAUACUUCUUCGCCAAAGCGAGUGGCAACCCCCAAAGAUGGGAUGUAGUUUUGUUGGGCGGUCUCAUGGGAUCCGUCUUCUCCACACUCCAAUUCUUCGUCUCUCCGUACAUUGGAUCACUUUCUGAUACAUAUGGCCGAAAACGAAUCCUGCUCAUCACCAUGAUCGGUAAUAUACUAUCUGCUCUGGUAUGGAUCAAGAGUACGACAUUUGCUUCCUACAUGUUGUCGCGAGUAAUUGGUGGUUUGAGCGAAGGGAACGUCCAGCUUGCUAUCGCCAUUCUUUCCGACAUCACAACCCCCGCCAACCGAGGAAAAGCCCUGGCACAUGUGGGCAUUGCCUUUGCCAUUUGCUUCUGUAUUGGGCCACCCAUUGGCGCCUACUUUGCCUCCCGACCGGUCGAGCUCGGAUCCUCACUAGGAAUCGAACUCAAUGUCUAUGCCGCACCAGCCAUUCUGACACUCGUCCUCCUUCUGGCUGAGACAGCCUUCCUUCAUAUCGCUCUGCCGGAGACUCGAGGAAAGGGCCCCGCAGUGGAUCUGGAUGAUCUCGAGGACACAAAGCCGGCUGCCAAUGGCCACGCUCUCAAGACCUCCCGUGCGACGACGGUGGAGAAGAGAUUGAGUUUGCUGAAGUCUCUUCGCAAAAUGCAUUUCUUAUUCUUGGGCCUCUUUUCCGGAGUUGAGUUCACACUCACGUUCCUGACCUUCGACCUAUUCGACUGGAACAACACACAAAACGGAAAGCUCAUAGGAUCCAUCGGUAUCGUCAGUGCACUUCUCCAAGGCGGAUACGUCCGUCGUGCUCUCUCCAAAGUCGGCGAACUUAAUAUGGCCCGCCGUGGUGUCUCCUCCUGCGCCGUGGGACUCGUUUGCCUCGCCUUCCUCCCACAAUUCACUUCUACUCAUCCCACAGUCGCAUUCCGGCUCCUCCAAGCAGCGGCCGUCUGUAUGGCGUUCACAUCCGCCACUGUGGUCAAUUCACUAACCGCACACGCAUCGUUACAAUGUGACGAAGGCGGGCCAGCUGAAGGAGCUGCCGCUGCGAACGGGAAUGGAAAGUCGCACGGGAAGGCCCAGGGAAAGUCAAUCAAGGAGAAGGUUGAAGAACCAACACAUCCCGAACUUGCGAAGGGAAAAGCCUUGGGACAGUUCAGGUCAUCAGGGCAACUUGGCCGUGCGAUUGGACCCUUGCUCGCCUGCGCCUCGUACUGGACCUUCGGCCCCUCGACGACAUAUACACUCAGCGCGGCGUUGAUGUUCGCCCUAUCGAUAAACAUGCGCAAGUUGGCGGCGUCAUUAUGAUCAGUUCCUCUCGUUCCUGGCGUGGAUUGUAAGCACUCGAGGCUUGUAGCCGGUAAUAUAGCAGUGCGAUCGAGUUCGAUGCGGGGGGCGUGCAACCUCGGAGUAGAAGUGAAGUGAAGUGAAGUGGAAGAUGCCCGGUUUACAGUGGGUGGCUUGAGGGACAUCAGUCCGUCGGAAGCCCUCGGUCCAUGCCCUUGCGUUCUCGUUCUUUAUUCUCGGGGCGUCUAUAUUUAUGAUGUACAUUGAUUUUGCAGGCAAUCUAAAUCUGCAUACACCGC